UCAUUCAAGAUGGCCGCCCAGCGCGAUGUGAGAUGGUCACGGCUAUUUCUGUGGAGGUUGUGGCAGGCCUGGGGGGUUCCACAAAACUUGGGAUUGGGCCUGGGCCUAAAAGCGAGAACUUAUUCCCGGAGCGACGGCCCGUACUCGCGCACGGCGCUCUAUGAGCUGCUCGGCGUCCCCUCCACGGCCACGCAGGCGCAGAUCAAGGCGGCUUACUACCGGCAGAGCUUCCUUUACCACCCGGACCGCAACGCCGGGAGCGCCGAGGCUGCCGAGCGGUUCACGCGCAUCUCCCAGGCCUACGUGGUGCUGGGCAGUACCACCCUGCGUCGCAAGUAUGACCGCGGCCUGCUCAGCGACGAGGACCUGCGCGGCCCCGGGGUCCGGCCCUCCAAGACGCCCGCCACCGACCCCGACUCGCCCCGCACCCAGCCGCCUGCCUCUCGGACCCAGGGCCGCGGUCAGGCCUUGUCGGGAGCCAACCGCACCAUGUUCGACUUUGACGCCUUCUACCAGGCGCACUACGGCGAGCAGCUGGAGCGCGAGCGGCGCCUGAGGGCCCGGCGGGAGGCCCUUCGCAAGCAGCGGGAGGACCGGGCCAAGAAAGGCUUACGCUGGGACGAGACCCGAGACACGGCUUUAUUCGUGGUUCUGCUCACUGUUUUCAUCAUCAUGGGUUUUCGUUUUUAAUCGGAGAGCGGAGGGAAGGGGAGCAGCCGCGCCACCGCCCCCCCAACCCCCAAGAAAACGGCCUUUCCUGUCUUCUUGAACCCGUUGCCUCCAUUGUCUGCUGUUGUCUACCUCUACUGGGGUCCGAAGGAACUGCUCUCCCCUUUCCCUUCCCCACCCGGCCAGCUUAGCCAUUGACCUGCAUAUCCCUACCCCUCUGGUCCAGAAAAGGAGGCUUUUUGAUGCCCAAGAAAAAGGCUCCCAAUGAGGAGUCCCGAAAGCCCGAGAGUGAGGGGUUUCCUGGAGGCCCUGGGGUGCCUGCUUCCAGAUGUUGUCAAUUUCUGGAACACUUGCUGUGGCUUUCCUGUAAAGCUCCGAGCAAGACUCGUCUGCUCCUGCCCCACGUGUGUAGCGUGGGGCUCCUCUGUAACCUUGAAACGUGCAAUGUGACCAAUUGUGACUGCCAAAAGAAAAAUUCUGGGGUGAUAAGAAA